GUUUGCUUAGUAUUCCCAAUUAUUUCCGAUUCAACCAAAACUAAUUUUUUAAGAAUAUUUAUUAAUUAAAAAGGAUAAAAAUGGCGCAUCUUAACUUAUUUGUCGUCUUGAUCGCAUCGCUGAUUUACUUUACUUCAGCAGCGGAAGAAAAGUACACAACCAAAUUUGACAACUUUGACGUCGACAAAGUGUUGAACAAUAACAGAAUUUUAACCAGCUACAUUAAGUGUUUGCUUGACGAAGGAAAUUGUACCAACGAAGGCCGAGAAUUGAAGAGAGUUUUACCAGAUGCAUUAAAAACUGAUUGCAGCAAAUGUACAGAUGUACAAAAAGAUAGAUCAGAAAAAGUGAUCAAGUUUUUGAUUAAGAACCGUUCUACUGACUUUGAUCGUCUGACUGCCAAAUACGACCCAACCGGAGAAUAUAAGAAGAACCUCGAAAAAUUCGAAAAAGAAAGGGCUUCAGCUAAACCUCUUAAAGCUUAACUUUAAUUCGUUUAAAUAUUUCUUUUUUUAACUUUUCCUAAGCACUUUCCGUUGUAGUAAAACCAGUACAAAACAAAUUACCUACGUAUUUUUGUUUACUUAAGCUAUUUCAAUUUUUAAUAUAAGUUAAUUAUAUGCUUAUAAAAAUAGUUAUAAUUGUAUGUUUCUAUUAAAAUAAAUAUUAAAUAUUUAUAAAAAA